AUGUUCGCUUCUGUCAUUUCUAUCGUUUUCAACACCAUCCUUCUUGUACAGUUUUCAUCAAAUACCGAUGCUACAUUCGAUACUAAACAAAUCUAUCAAAAUCCACUUUCACACGGUUUUGGUGAAGAUAUAGAUUGGGUGAAAUGGGAAGAUGCGGUGGAAACGGCGAUGGAAGUGAACAAACCGAUAUUUCUAUUAAUACACAAAUCGUGGUGUCAUGCAUGCAAAGCACUGAAGAAAACAUUUCAACAAUCAAAUGCUCGGAAGGCUUUUAGAACGCUCUCCAAAUAUUUUAUAAUGGUGAAUACAGAAGAUGAUGAAGAACCGUAUGAAGAAGAAUAUAGACCGGAUGGAAAAUAUAUUCCACGUGUGCUUUUUUUAGAUAAAAAUGGUGAUUUAUUAUCACAAUUUAAGAAUAAGAAAGCAGAAUAUAAAAACUACGCAUAUUAUUAUUCCUCACCGGCGGAUAUUCUCAAUUCAAUGAAGGAUGUUAUGCGGCAUUAUAACAUUGAUGUUCCAGAAAUGAAGAAAGGUGCAAAAUUGAAACCAAACAAAUCGGUUGAUGAUAAAGAUGAAAAACCGGAAAGAGAUGAAACUACAAACGAACAUACAAAAAGCAAAAAGAGCAGCAAAUCCGAUUUGUAG